CCGGGAGAUGGGAGGGUCUUCUCAGGGAUCCAGCCAACAGGGGUGCCCCACCUGGGGAACUACCUGGGGGCUCUGGAGAGCUGGGUGGCCCUGCAGAGCCAGUACCCUUCGGUGCUGUACAGCGUGGUGGACCUCCACUCCAUCACUCAGCCACAGGACCCGGGCCAGCUGAGGGCCAACAUACUGGACAUGGCAGCCAGCCUGCUGGCCUGCGGCAUUGACCCAGAGCAGUCUAUCCUCUUCCAACAGUCUCAGGUUUCGGAGCACGUCGAGCUGUCCUGGAUCCUGGGCUGUCUGACCAGCAUGCCUCGUCUUCGACACCUCCCACAGUGGAAGAUGAAGAGCAAGCAGAAAAAUGAAGGCAGUGUGGGUCUGUACACGUAUCCUGUCCUGCAGGCUGCUGACAUUCUCCUCUACAAGUCCACUCAUGUCCCCGUUGGAGAGGACCAGGUCCAGCACCUUGAGCUCGCUCAGGACUUGGCUCGGAUCUUCAACCAUCGCUACGGAGACCUGUUUCCUGAGCCACGUGCCUUGCUUAGCUCCACACGAAAGGUCAAAUCUCUCCGCGACCCUUUUUCCAAGAUGUCCAAGUCCGACCCCCAGAGCAUGGCCACGAUCAACCUCACCGACUCACCCGACAACAUCGCUUUGAAGAUCCGCCGGGCCGUCACUGACUUCACCUCUGAGGUCACCUUUGACCCCGAGAUGCGACCGGGUGUGUCCAAUCUGGUGAGCAUCCAUGCUAGCAUGGCGAUGGUCAGCGUGGAGGAGGCGCUGUCCCAGGCCCAGGGGCUGGACACGGGGGCCUACAAGCAGCUGGUGGCAGAGGCUGUGAUCCAGAGGCUCACGCCCGUCAGGGAGGAAAUGGAGAGGCUGAGGGCGGACCGGGGACACCUGGAGGCAGUCCUGGCUCGGGGGGCGCACAGGGCUCGGGAACUGGCCGCCCCGGUCCUCCGAGAGGUCCGCCAGCGAGUCGGCUUCUCCUGAAACUGGCAGAGGAUUUGGGGAAUUGGAUAGCCUCCCUACUCAGUCCGUGAAUGAUGCCGACUGCACUUUGGAAAGUGCUCUCCCUGGUCUGGUACUUUUGACAAUAGGGCCUCUCCUAAUCUGCGUGACAGCCAGACAGUUUUCUGAAAGGGGUCUACCGCCUUCUAGCAAAGCCGAGGAGCAGAUAAUGUUAAUUCAUACUUGGUUACUUGACACUUUUAUCAGCAUUCAUUUGACAAGAAAUGACACCGUUUUGACCAAAAAAACAAAACAAAAAAUGCUGCACACUUUUCCUUUUCUAACCGUUCAUUGUUCAUGUUCAGAGUUUUGUUUCAUUUUGGUUGGUUGGUUUAUUUUGGUUUGGAAUCAGCGCCAUGUUGGACAGCGUCGUCUCCCACAGUUUGGAGUCCUUUCACGAAACAUAAACGCUAGAUGUUGCCCGGCAGAUUUGUCUCUCGACGAGUUGAAAAGCGUAAAGCAACCAAAUAUAAAUUACCCUGAAAAGCAUGAGUAAUAAUUCUGAAAACGACUGUAGAGUUUCUCCCACAUCUCAACAAAAGUGUUGCCAGCAGAGAGGUGGGCCGAAAUGUUUAUUGAUACAAAAUCCACACCCUCGUCGCGAUCUCUGACCUUUUUUAAGGAUCCAAAACGGUGUAACGGGCGUUUGCCUUAGCGGGGCAUUGUGCAGGGGUGUAUUUAUUUCAGAUGUUGUGACAUCAUGGUGCCGUGUAUUUUGCUCAGGGAAAUUCAGUCGGCUAAAUGUUGCGUAGAAAGCCCGCCGAACGCAGCACCGUACACAUACCAGUGAACAACAUGGGUUACAACUCAUCAAAAAAUCAUCGACACUCAUGGUUAAAAUAUCGACACUGAUGUAGUCCCAACUGCCUCUGCCGAGCUUUAUCAUAGACAGAAUGACCUUUAGUGCAGCUGUAGCAUCGCCGCAUGUGUCCCUCAUGUAUCACGGCCUUCACCAAGGUGACAGACCGGGAAAGACUUCAGAAUAUGACGGCGAAGACUUAUGAGAGAUGUUAAGUGCUGUCCAGUGGGUAAAAGUCCAGGAAACAACUGGUGUUUCAUCACGUCGGCUUGUAUAUAUUGCUCUUGAUGUGUCAUA